GUAUUUGUGGCUUGUCCCGCCCCCUUCCACGUCGACCUGCACUCUCGCCAUAUUUUCAAUCCUGUUCAAACCCGCAGCUCCGUUUGUCUGAGUUGAGGAGGAGAAGCUGUCACGCCGAACUCCAGGGGAAAAGAAGACAUUCUUCUGAACCAAGAGCCUCAUCUUUGUUGGUUUCUUAGCUGUUUUUCCGAGCUCUCCCCGCGACCAUGAACGUCUUCAGACUGACAGGAGACCUCUCUCAUCUGGCUGCUAUCAUCAUCCUGCUGCUCAAAAUAUGGAAAAGCAGGUCGUGUGCAGGUAUUUCUGGAAAGAGCCAAAUCCUGUUUGCCAUUGUGUUCACCACUCGCUACCUGGAUCUGCUCACCUCCUUCAUCUCCAUCUACAACACCUCCAUGAAGGUGAUCUACAUUGGUUGUGCAUAUGCCACAGUCUAUCUGAUCUACAUGAAGUUCAGGGCCACCUAUGACGGCAACCAUGACAGUUUCAGAGUAGAGUUCCUGGUUGUUCCCGUUGGAGGCCUUGCUGUUCUGGUCAACCACGACUUCUCUUUCCUGGAGAUCCUCUGGACCUUCUCCAUCUACCUGGAGUCGGUGGCCAUCCUGCCCCAGCUGUUCAUGAUCAGCAAGACGGGCGAGGCGGAGACAAUCACCACCCACUACCUGUUCUGCCUGGGCCUGUAUCGAGCCCUCUACCUCCUCAACUGGAUCUGGCGUUUCUACUUUGAGAGCUUCUUCGACAUGAUCGCCAUCGUGGCCGGCGUGGUACAGACUGUCCUGUAUUGUGACUUCUUCUAUCUUUAUAUCACCAAAGUGUUGAAAGGCAAGAAGCUGAGUCUACCUGCGUAAGAGCGCAGAGGUUAAAGCGGCGCCUCCCAGGAGACUCAGGGGUGUGGAGAUGACAUCUAGGAAUUUCGUGACAUUAUAGCAGUGGAUGUCUGAGACAGAGAGCCAACGACAGGGAAAAACACUAGUCCUCUUUGACGAUCGCUGAUUGAACUGGUAAAUGCCAACAAACACCAGAGCUGAACGACAAGAUCAACCUUUGGAUUCCUCUGUUCAGCAUCUUGCCUUAAAUGUCUUUUCAUUGUUGAUAAUAUAGGAGAAAAUGCUUCAUUUUUUUUUCUUUCUUUUUUUUUCUUUUACUUGUGAGGUGUAAACGCUUCUUGUUUUUCUUUUUUUUUUACUUAUUUUAUAAUGUCACAAAAAGGAAUUGUGUGCGAAAAAGUACCUUGUUUGCCUCGGUAAUGAAAUGCACAAAUGUACAGUCUUAUUAAAGAGUGAGAUAAAGAGUAAAUGUAUCCGAGUGCCUGAUUAGGAUGAUGUCCAUUUUCUCACAGUAUUUUUCUUUAUUUUUCAUUUGUUGUUUUUGCUUUUUUCUCUCAACAAUUGUACACACAUGCUUUAACCUUCUCUUGGAGACAUUUUAAAGAGGCAGACACAAAAGCAUUUGUUGCUUUAUAAUAUCAAAAGACAUUUUAAUAAGAUUUCUAAAAAUGAAAAAAAGAAUUUAAGAAGUAAAUAUUUUUUACAUAGAUGCCAGAAAUCUUCCUGUCUUCAGUGUCGGUAUUUUCAAAGUAGGGCAUCUGAUUUGGACUUUCCGUGUUAUCUUGUUUCCUUCAGCAUUCUGUAUUGGAGAAGUUACCAUGUAAUGCAUUUGUUCUGCUUCUUGAAUAUAGAUUUAAUACAUGAUUAAGGACAAUGCCUUGUCACAAUUUCUCUGUAGGGAUUGAAAAAAAUGUGUCCACAGCCAAGUCCAAAACUCACAAACGCCAACUGUGACGCGUUAGUUUUCACGAGGUCAAAACUUCUAACGUCACUGCAGUGAAAUGGUCACGACAGCCGUGUGGCGGUGGGAAUCCUUCAACUCUUUGACUGGUUGUGAUGUUGCAUUUUAUUCACUGAAGUUUUUCAGUGUGAACAUUUCAACAGAUCUCGAUGGAGAAGUUGGUUAAUUUCUGUUCAAAUAUUUGCAUUUAUAUGAGAUUGAAUAGCCUCCUGUUAACCUCUUUGAAUUUGCCAUUCCUUAAGAGUAUUUCAACUUUUUUAUGUUACUUUUUUCUUUUGCAUGAUAUCACCUCCAAUAAAGAUUUUACGAGAAUCAU